AUGUUAAGUUCCUAUGGGCUAAAUCUAGAGUAUCAUUCUAAUUCUUCAUUUGGAGGGACUCUUAGAAUCGGAAGACCCAACUACGACAGCACGUACUCGUUUCUUCGGCUCGAAAUGGAUGGAAACAUUAAGGUAUACACCUUCUAUGAACACGUAUACGACAGUGCAUGGGAUGUAACCUUCUCUCUUUCCAAUAGAAAUCCAUCUUGGGACGAUGAAUGCCAAUUGCCGGAACGAUGUGGGAAAUUCGGGCUUUGUGAGGACAGCCAAUGUGUGGCUUGCCCGUCGCCGAACGGGCUGAUGAGUUGGAGUAAAGAUUGCGAUGUCCAAAAGUUACCGAGCUGCAACGACAAGGAUUUCUACUAUUACAAGCUUGAAGGGGUUGAUCAUUUCAUGACUCGUUACACCAGAGGGAAUGCCAUAAAAGAAGAAGAAUGUGGCAAGAAAUGUACCAAGGACAGCAAGUGCAUGACAGCCAAUGUGUGGCUUGCCCGUCGCCGAACGGGCUGA